CCAAGGCGCUCCCCUGCUGCUCUAUGAGAAUCUUCCCGGAACCUUCUGGACCAACACAAACCUGGACCAGAAUCAAGCUCCGCCUGAUGCAGCUGAAGCUCAGAUCUCUGAACCGAGUUCGUCCACAGAACCCAAACAAUACUCGCUCAUCGGACCGUCGCAGCCUUCCGCACCUUAUCCUCUGAUCCGGUCCAAAACCGGCAGAAUCAUCCUCCCUUCGUCUCUGAGGACGGUAGUUGGUCAAGGCUAUUACACGCUGAUGGUCAUCCAACCCAAUCAGACGACAGGCGAGGCGGACUCGUCUUCUUCCACCACGCCGUCUUCUGACCCGGUCCAGUCCAACGGUCUAGAGGACGCCGCCCCGCCUGAUGCUGCGUCCUCAGACCUGGAUGUGUCUUCCGACCUGCAGGCCCCCCUCACUGACGAGGCCUUCUUCAACAAGUCCAGGUCCUCACCGGAUCCGGUGGAGAUGGAUGACCAGCACGCCAUGACGGAAGCUGCUCAGCUGUGCUUCAAUUCUCUGCUUCCGGGUCAGCGGAGGCGCGAGCGUGGAGACGCCCGCCGCAGAGGCCGGCCCAGAAAACACCAGUUUUCUUUAGACGACCAGCGAGGUGAAGCGAUAAGUCCGAGCGAGACGUCCGGAGAGACGCUCCCUACGGAGAUGACGUCACCGCAGGAUUCCCCCAUCGGCCUUUACUGCAUCCCGUCCAAACGCGGCAGAGGACGGCCUCCGAAGACGAAGUCGGCGCUGUCACGAGGUUCUGUCCGGCGAGCGUCGGAAAGCCGGGCGGAAGCGGACAGCUCUGUCCGAAUCUCCGUCAGGACACCGAAGAGCUCUGAUCCGGCCGGACUGUCGCGGCCGCUGACCCGCGGCUCCAUGGGGAAGGACUUCCCCAGCGCCAAGAAACGCUCCUGGGAGGACAUCGAGAAGGAGCUGGACCCGGACCUGGACCUGGAGUUUGAGUAGUUUGAUCUCAGGUCACCUGCAUGAAUUUAUCAGCAUUACCGAACGUGCCUGACCACAACAAUCAUGAUGGAGACCGAAAAGCUGUGCAAGAUAUCCGAUGGCAUUAGAGCGGUGACGUGCUGAAUGUACGCUGAGGUGACCAUGUUACCUUCAGGGUCACCUCCAUGUUUGCUUUUUAAAUCCACCUCUUUCUGUAGCUGAGAGAAAACAUGAACAGAAUAAAGUUUAGGCAGACAAACCACA